UAGUGGCUCUUCCUAUGCAGCCAAGGGAAAGAAAAAAAUCAGAGCGGAUUGGAGUGGAGUGGGGCAAGAACGCAAAAUGCCUUCUCUGCAUAAAACGUUAGUAUCGACGAGGAUUCUGAUUUAAUCUCCCUAUCUUUUCUGUCCGAUCAAAUUUUAUUGAUCAAUUUUUUGAUUUUGAGAGGAAAAAUAGUGAGAGAGAAGGGGGGAGAGAAAGAAGAUGGAGAUGUGUGGGUUAGAUUCUGAUGGGAAAGAAUUUAAGAGCUCGGAUGAGAUGUGGAGACAUGAGUUUGGGGAACAAGGAGAUGAUGAUCAACACAAAAACAAGAAUGAAUGGUACCGUAAAGGUGUUGGAUACUGGGAAGGUGUCGAGGCAUCUGUUGAUGGUGUAUUGGGUGGAUAUGGGCAUGUUAAUGAUACUGACAUUAAAGCUAGUGAAGAUUUUCUCAAGAGUAUUAUCUCUGAACGACUCGGUACCAAUAGAAAACUCGCUGCUUUGGAUUGUGGUUCGGGUAUUGGACGGGUCACUAAGAAUCUUCUUCUAAGAUAUUUCAGUGAGGUUGAUCUUGAAGAGCCAGUAUCCCAUUUUCUUGAAGCCGCACGUGAAAGUCUGUCCCCAGAGAAUGGAACAGUCUCUGAUGAUCAAAAGGCUGUCAAUUUUUAUUGUGUUCCACUUCAGGAAUUCACUCCAGAAGCAGGGCGAUAUGAUGUCAUAUGGGUGCAAUGGUGUAUUGGGCAGCUUGCUGAUGACGACUUUGUAUCGUUCUUCAAGCGAGCAAAGGUUGGUCUCAAACCUAACGGCGUUUUUGUCCUAAAAGAGAAUAUUGCAAAAUCAGGAUUUGUGUUGGACAAGGAGGAUAAGAGUGUUACAAGGUCAGAUUUGUACUUCAAAGAGCUCUUCAAACAGUGUGGGCUGCAUCUCUUCAAGUCAAAGGAUCAAAAGGGAUUUCCUGCAGAGUUAUUUCCAGUGAAAAUGUAUGCGUUAACCACUGAUAUGCCUAGGCGAGUUCAUGGGACCAGAUCCAAAAUUCGAUCCAAUCUACCUGGCCUUAUCAAGUGAAAAUCUCUUCUUUUUAAUUUUAUUCUUGUAGUUUAGUCUAUGGGUAUUUUAUCACUAACUAAAUCUUGUAUUUGAGAUUGCAUCUCUCAAUCUAGUCACGCAAUACUGAAAACCUGCCUUUUGGGGCAGCUAAUCUAUUUUGUUUGAAUUGAUUAUUAUAUGAUGUCGCUUGGUUUUCCCUGUUCUUUA